AUGGAUCCAUUAUCCUCAUCAUCUUCAUCAUCGUCGUCGUCUGUAGAGAUUUCUUCGGCUUUAGAAUUUUCAAUUCCUUUUUCAUUUCCGGAUUUAUCCACGCGUAGUAGCUUAUCUAUUUCGCAAAGUCUUCUUGACGCAGUUGAAGACGACACGACAAGUUCCACCGAAACCCGCGCCUACAUCGAGCAGUUUCGUGUACGAGCUCACGAAACUCUUAUGCGUGACUAUUUUGUUGAAAACCCAAAGUUUGGCUCGGUUUGGUUUCGUGAAAGAUUUCGAAUUAGUCAAAGGUUGUUUUUAAAAAUUGUUAGUGAUAUUGAGCAACGUUACGUUUAUUUUCAAGAGCGUGUAGAUCGGUCGGGGAAAAAAACGAGAACUUCUCACGAAAGCCUUGAUCAUUUUUGCACCGCGAUCAUCGAGUUAUAUCAUGACGAGUACUUUCGUAGGCCAACUAGUCAUGACGAUGCACGCUUGUACGAAGCGCAUGAACGGAGACACAAGAUUCCAGAAAAGCUAUGA